AUGAACGCCGCCAGCUUUGACCAGUACGGUCUGCUUUCGCAUUCUGUGGCGAACGCGUCACAUCAGCAUCACGCUGGAUCGCAUCCGCAUCAGCAUCACCAACAACCGCACCACCAGCAUGCCGCCUUCAAUCCGGCUAUGGGCCACUCGGGCCAGGGCGAUGACAUCUUUAUUGCUCGACAGACUAUGUUCGACGCGGUAAGCCGUCUCUCUGCCCAGCUUCGCCAUGCUGCCGACUCGUGCGACGCGUUUGUCAAGGUGGUGGCGCGACAAAAUCCAAACGUCGCGGCGCUGGUGCUGGCACAGCAAGGCAACGUUUCGAGUGCAGGUGGACCCACCGGCGUACCCGCCGCGUUCGACUUCCUCAGCAUUGCCAAUGGCUCGCAUACGGGCGUACCCGCUGCAGGUGCCGAGACGGCUGCGGCAGCAGGCACGGCAGGCGCUAACGGCAAAGCGGCGAAAAAGAUCAGCAAGGCGCAAAAGCGCAAAGAGAAGCGUCUGCGCGACCCGGAUGCGCCCAAACGACCACCGAGUGCCUACCUGCUUUUCCAGAACGAGGUGCGUCAAGAGAUCCGCAAAAAGCAUCCGGGCAUGCCCUACUCGGAAGUACUGGGCAAGGUGUCCGAGGCGUGGAAGGCGCUCACGGACGAGCAGAGGCGUGUCUACCAGGACAAGACGACAGAAAACAUGGUGACAUGGAACCAGCAGAAGAAGGACCACGAGGCUGCCAUGGCACAGACCACACCUCUCGACCAAUAG